GAAUUCGCGGUGUCGGUGGCGGAGGGGCAGACGGCGGAGGGGUCUGCGAGUGAGGAAGAGUUUGAGGCGCUCGUGUGCGCCACGUGCAUGGGGCAGCCCGGCGCGCUGCCUGUGCUCAACGGCGCCGUGGUGGCGGCGGCGGUGCGCCUGGGGCUGGCGCUGCAGUGCCGCGUGGCGGAGAGGAGCAAGUUCGACCGCAAGCAGUACUUCUACCCCGACCUGCCCAAGGGCUACCAGGCGGGCGGCGGGAGAAGGCGCUUCGGGGUGACACGCGCACACCUGGAGGAAGAUGCGGGGAAGUCGCUGCACGGGGGCUAUGGCAGCCAGCAAACGGCACCCACGCAGUCCAAGGAAGGCCUGGCGGACUACAGCUACUUCCCCGAGCCCGACCUGUCCGCGCUGGCCCUCUCACAGCAAUUCCUAGAGCAGCUGCGCGCCGCCCUGCCCGAGCUGCCAGAGCAGAGGUGGCGGUGAUACGAGGCGCUGGGGCUGCCCAUGCAGGACGUGCUCGUGCUGGCGGAUGACAAGGAGGUCAUUAUAAGGAGUUCUCGGACUUUGAUGGUGUGCUGGCGGCUGGGGCGGACGCCAAGGUGGCGGCGAACUGGCUGAUGGGCGACGUGACGGCGCUGCUCAAGGCGGAGCGCAGGAGCGUGGCGGGCAUGGCGGCGGUGAUGCCGCCCAGCACCCUGGCGGAGCUCAUCGCACUCAUCCAGGAGGGCACCGUCAGCGGCAAGAUUGGCAAGGAGGUGCGCC